AUGGAACGCUUAGGGUGCGGCGUUCUCGGUCCCGGGCUGAACGGCACGCUGUUGGUGCGUACACUAACCCACUGCUCCAAUUGCCGAACGGGGGGGUCCUGGGGAAAGACACUCCUCUGCACCACGUCGCACCGGGUGCUGGUCGUUGGGCUCAUGGACGUCCCAGAAGCCUUCGGAGACAGGGUGGGCGCUCUUGGCUCCCGCUCGGUGUUGGGAACCGGCGGACGACUGGUGCACGAUGGCACCUCACGACACGGGCGGCGCCGGUCGGCUCCGUGGUGGGCAGGUCCGUCCCUACUCCCAGUGCGCGGUGCUAACCGCAACAGAGCCACCACAGAAGCUGGCUACACCGGCACGACCCUAGAUGUGUCUGAGUCUAGGCCCCUGCAUAAACCGGGCGAGCUUACGAGUCGUAUCGUCCGUACGGGGUGUUGUGGGUGUUCUCUCUUGGUGGGCAGCCAAGCAGAGAAGGCGAUCUCCAGGUUAAGAUUCUCGUUCCCCGUCUUCCCCAUCCCGUUCUCUUCCUUGGGGUCUCUUGCACAAUGCCUGUCUUUUCGUCCUCUAAAUGCCUGUCCUUCGGGAUCGCUGCUGCGCGGUCCAUAUCGCUUUUCGCGCCUCUCGUACGCCGUGGUGGAACCGUGA